AUGUCGCAGAUAUUCACCCGAGGGCGCAUCAUUGCACAUGGCAUAACAUCGAGACCAGCAGCGUUAGUAGUUUAUGCGAUAUCUGAGCUGCCCGAUACCUCAAAACUAGCGCAACAUUUGAACCGCGUCUUUGCACCUUUGCAAUUCCCUCCGGAGUUGGCUGCUCGGAUAUUGACUCACCAAAGCCACAGGCACGGAGUACUCACGAAUAAUGCUCGGUUAAGCUUUAUUGGUCGUCGUGUGUUGAAGUCAUAUCUCCUCCUCUUCGUACAUUCCUCAUCCGCCCUGAAGCCGCAUCAUGACUACGAACACAUUCUGGAACGUGUACUAAACACCUACGUCCUUGGAGAGUUUGUAGGACCUCAAUGGCAACUUGGCAAGGUCAUGAAGUGGACGCCCGCAACGCAGAGCGAGUCCUUUGCGGGAGACCCGAUGAAUGUCUUGCAGCUCGGCAGAGAAGCAUCACGGAGCAUUGGCCUGUACAAGGUCCAGGGCACAGCAGUGGAGGCGGUAGUAGGAGGCGUAUUUCAUCAAUUCGGCGGACAGGUUGCUCAUAGACUCUUCCACACAAGGCUGCUUCCCCACAUACUGCUGCCAGGAGCGCCAGAUGGCUUACCAGACUCCUUCCAUGCUGACGCUACGAAAAUCUGCGAGCAGAUGGGCGGUCCGCAGGCUGACCUCUUUGGUGCUUCGAGCACACUCCAUCAAUCAUAG